AUGUAUACUAGUUAUGGCCUGCUCGUCCGGGUGAAUGCAGUAGAACUUGCAGAAAUCAUGAAGAGUGGAAAGGAAGCUAGGAAGGACUUUGUCGUCGUGGAUGUUCGAGACGACGAUUUCACGGGAGGAAACAUUAAAGGCGCCAUCAACGAACCGUCCUCAGAGUUCUUGAUGAAUGUCGAUGGGUUGGUGAAGCAGACAAAGGAUGUCCCUCUGGUUAUCUUCCACUGCGCAUUAUCCCAAGUACGGGGGCCUAAAGCUGCAAGGGUAUGCCAUCCAAGUUUCGUGGAAGAAUGCCAGCUUAAAUACCAACAGACCUACGCCGAGACGCGAAAGAAUAUUCUCGAGGGGCAGGACAUUAAUCAUGAAGUCGCCAUAUUACGGGAUGGGUUCUCGCAAUUCCAGGUCAAGUUCAAGGACGAUCCUCAACUUGUCGAGAACUGGGACAAGGAUAUGUGGGCCUCUGAGUGGAGUUGA